UGCAAUUUAUCCGGCCAUCUGCUCUAACUAUUCGGUAACAGCAUUCCUCAAACCCUAUGCAAAGGCCCUGACAAGGAUUGCCAGAUGCAGGGUCUUUCAAGCAACUUGCAAAAUAACUGAUGGCCUUCACUGUUUAGGUCCUGUUUGUCAAGGGAAAAGGGCAAGGAAUUUUCCACCUCACUGGGCAGGAGGGCAAAAAGCAACUAUACUUAAAACUUUAAAACUACUGCAUCUAACAUUAGCCUAUGGAUUUUUCAUUUCACUAAGACACUGGCUAGGCUGUUACCGACUGGCAGCCAGAGAAAAUUUCACAUUUCCGUGGCAUGCGGGACUUGCCUGGGCCUUUUGACGCUCGCGAAAUGGAAGCGACCUGCGCGGGUUGGUUUGAGGAGCCUCUGGCCAACUUACUAAACGAGCAACAUCGCACAGUGAAGGAGCUCCUUGAACAGCUGAAGAUGAAGAAAUCUUCAGCCAAACAGCAGCAGGAGGUAGAGAGGGUUAAGCCCCAGCGUGAGAAAGUUCAGCAGACUCUGAUUUUAGACGCAGCACAGAGGAAGAGACUCCAGCAGCAGAUGCAACAGCAUGUUCAGCUCUUGACACAGAUUCACCUUCUUGCCACCGCUAACCCCAGUCUCGGUUCAGAGGCCACGACCACCAGGAUAUUUCUGAAAGAACUGGGAACCUUUGCUCAAAGCUCCAUUGCUCUUCACCACCACUUCAACUCCAAGUUCCAGACCUUGUUUCAACCAUGUAAUCUGAUGGGAGCUAUGCAGCUUAUUGAAGACUUCAACACACAUGUCAGCAUUGAACGGAGUCCUCGUAAAACUGUCAAGAAAACUGCCUCUGAGUUUCCAUGUUUGCCAAAGCAAGUGGCUUGGAUCCUAGCCACCAACAAGGUUUUUAUGUAUCCAGAGCUACUGCCAGUGUGUUCCCUGAGAGCAAAGAAUCCUCAAGAAAAGAUUUUGUUCACCAAAGCUGAGGACAAUUUAUUGGCUUUAGGACUGAAGCACUUUGAAGGGACUGACUUGCCUAAGCCUCUAAUCAGCAAGUACCUUCUAACCUGUAAGACUGCCCACCAGUUAACUGUGAGAAUAAAAAACCUCAGCAUGAACAAAGCCCCUAAUAACAUCAUUAAGUUUUACAAGAAGACCAAGCAACUACCUAUCUUAGUGAAGUGCUGUGAAGAGAUCCAGCCGCAUCAGUGGAAGCCACCAGUAGAGCGGGAAGAACAUCAACUUCCAUUCUGGCUAAAGGCCAGCCUGCCUUCCAUCCGGGAAGAACUGCAGCACAUAGCUGAUGGUGCCAGAGAGGUAGGCGGCAUGGCUGCAACUGCUGGAAUCAACUCAGACCCAGGCCUAGAAAAGGGCAGCUCAGAAUUGGACACUGGAACUCAGUACCCACUGAUACUGCCUAAGGGUGUAGUCCUAAAACUGAAGCCUGUUGCCAACCGUUUUUCCAGAAGGGCUUGGAGACAGAAGCGCUCAUCAGCUCUGAAGCCCCUCCUUAUCAGACCCAGCCCCUGCCUGCAGCCUGCCUCCAACUCUGGGAAGACACUAGUUAGGCCAGCUGAGUCAGAAGCCCCACCCAGCAAAGUGGUGGUCCGCAUUCCUCAGCUGAUCCAGCCAGCCCCUGUUUUACAGACUAUGGCAGAGGUCCCUCCCUUGGGGAGCACCGGGAAUGACGGCUUUGAGUCUCUAACAGCACUGCCUGCUCUACCACCCGAGGCCAGGACCAGCUUCCCUUUGUCUGAAUCCCAGACCCUGCUGUCUCCUGCCCCCCUGCCCAAGGUACUGCUGCCCUCACUUGCCCCUUCUAAGUUUCGAAAGCCAUGUGUGAAGAGGAAGGGAUCCAAGAGAAAGGGGCCCAAGGCUGCUGUCUGUCUGAAGGCCGCCCCCGUCAUCCACACUGCACCUGUGAUCUUCACGGUUCCCGCCACUACUGUGAAAGUUGUGAGCCUUGGCAGUGGCUGCAACAUGAUUCAGCCUGUCAGUGCCGCUGUGGCCCAGACUUCACAAACCAUCCCCCUCACCACCCUCCUGGUCAACCCAGCUUCCUUCCCGUGCCCGUUGAACCAGCCCUUUGUGGCCUCCUCCAUCCCUCCUUUAAUUGUUUCAGGCAACUCGGUCAAUCUUCCUGUAUCAUCCACCCCUGAGGAUAAGACGCAAGUCAAUGUGGACAGCGUUGGCUGUCCUUUAGCAGAAGGGAAUAGUGCCUUUCAAGGCCUACAACCCAAAUUAGAGCCCCAGGAACUAGUUCCUGUGUGUGCUACUGUCUUCCCCAAAGAGGAGCGCAGCCCAGUGCCCGCUGCAGCAGAGAGAGGAUGUCAGGAAGUGUUGCCAGAGAGCAACGUCUAUGGCUGGACAAUUGUGAAAACAGAAGAGAGGAGACAGGCUCUGGAAGCACUGCCGCCAGGCCUCCAGGACUCUCUGAGCUCUCCCCAGGAGGACUUAAAGGUCAUUGUCAAGAUGGAACCUAAAGACCCUGGGGAGGAAAUCUCCAGUGGAUUCCCUGAGCAGGACAUGGGUGGUGAAAUCAAAGAAGAACAUUCUGUGGAAUUAGACACUGGCUUCCCAAGUGAGUCAUGGUUUUAGGGGCAGAUUAGGGCCAGAUUGACAUGACUAUGGCAUGUGGAUAUUUGAUAAGUGAUAAGGUCAUCCAAGGCCAGAAUUUCAAAACCACCCAGCAAAAUUGAAAACAACAGGCAAACAAACAAAAAUAACUAUUGUGGUCUGGAUUGUCAGACUGAAUGUUAAUAAAGUCUCCUAGACCACCAGUUCAACCUUCUAAAAGGAUAUGUGAAUGCAGCAUGCCAGUUUGCCCAGCAAGAUGAGGAAUUUCUUUUUUUUUUUUUUUUCCUUUUCUUUUUCCUCCUCCAGGGUUAUUGCUGGGCUUGGUGCCUGCACCAUGAAUCCACCGCUCCUGGAGGCCAUUUUUUUUUCCCCUUUUGUUGCCCUUGUUGUAGCUUCAUUGUGGUUAUUAUUAUUGCCCUUGUUGACGCAAUUCAUUGUUGGAUAGGACAGAGAGAAAUGGAGAGAGGAGGGGAAGACAGAGAAGGGGAGAAAGAUAGACACCUGCAGACCUGCUUCACCGCCUGUGAAGCGACUCCCCUGCAGGUGGGGAGCCGGUGGCUCGAACCGGGAGCCUUACGCCCGUCCCUGCGCUUUGCGCCACAUGCGCUUAACCCACUGCGCCACCACCCGAUCCCUUUUUUUUUUUUUUUAAUAUUUAUUCCCUUUUGUUGCCCUAGUUGUUUUGAGAUGAGGAAUUUCUGUGAUUGCCAAUCAGUUACAGCUGGACCAGUGUCAUAUAAUCUUCACUCCAGUUAACCAGUGACAUCAGGAGGGACAGUAGUGAAAAGACCACUGCCAAAGGGGGAAAAAAAGCCACCCUUAAUCAUCUGGCUGCCAGGCUGCUCUUGCCUUUGAGAGUGUUGUCAUGCCUGUCCUUUUUAAUAAGCUCACCAGUUUGAUCCA